UUCAAAUGGGGGAAACUUCUCAUAUCUCUUUCAGAAGAAUUAAACUUUACAAUCUUAUAUAAGAUAUCUUCUAGGAAUUUUCCUCCUUCACUGGCAAACUUCUCAUUUCUGAUAAGCUAAUCGGAUUAGAAUUUGAUUCAAGAGAGCUUGAAACACAUUUUAGAAGGAUGGCCCAACAGACAGAGAUUAAAUUUGAGGAAGGAUGGUCCUUCUUGGAGAAAGGUGUUACCAAGAUGAUAAGGAUUCUAGAAGGAGAGCCUGAACCACCAUUUGAAUCUAACCAAUAUAUGAAUCUUUACACGACUGCCUACAGUAUGUGCACCCAGAAACCUGAUUACUCAGCACAGAUUUAUGAUAAAUAUCGUGAAAUGAUUGAAGAUUAUGUUACACAAACGGUGUUGCCGUCGUUAAGGGAGAAGCAUGAUGAAUAUAUGCUAAGAGAGCUUGUUAAGAGGUGGGAUAACCAUAAAGUUCUGGUUAGAUGGUUUAUCAGAUUCUUCAAUUAUAUAGACCGUUACUAUGUUAUUCGGAGAAAAGUUCAAUCACUGAGGGAAGUUGGCUUGACAUGUUUCAACAACCUGGUUUAUCGUGAGAUGCAGUCCACGGCCACAGAAGCUGUAAUUGCACUUUUUCAUAAAGAACGUGAGGGCGAACAGAUUGAUAGGGAACUAGUGAAAAAUGUAUUAGAUGUCUAUGUAGAGAAUGGGCUGGGAACUAUGAAAAAAUAUGAAGAGGAUUUUGAAAGCUUCAUGCUUCAAGAUACUGCCUCAUACUAUUCUCGCAAGGCGUCAAAGUGGAUCAAGGGGGAUUCUUGUCCUGCUUACAUGCUAAAGUCUGAGGAGUGUCUAAAACGAGAGAGGGAGAGAGUCACUCACUACCUUCAUUCAAGCACCGAACCCAAACUGGUUGAGAAAGUACAAAAUGAAUUGUUGGUCGUGGUUGCAAAACAGCUUCUAGAAAAUGAGUCCUCAGGCUGUUGUGCAUUGCUAAGGGAUAAAAAGAUGGAUGAUCUCUCUAGGAUGUACAUGCUUUAUUGUCCAAUCCCUCAAAGCUUGGAACAUGUUGCAGACUUAUUCAAGCAGCAUAUUACUACAGAGGGAUAUACCCUUAUGAAACAAGCUGACGACGCAGCUAAUAAGCAGCUACUAAUUGAACUACAUGAUAAAUUCAUGGUCUUUGUCACUGAGUGUUUUGAGAACCACUCCCUCUUCAAUAAGGCAUUGAAAGAGGCCUUUGAAAUUUUGUCUAACAAAACAGUGGCAGGAAUUUCCAAUGACUUGCAACAGUUUGCUAUAAUAUCCUGAGGGAAGAAGAAAACUGUGGAUCAGAUACUCUUGGUUUAAUGGUUGUAUUUAAAUAGCUUAAUGUAUCAUGUAAUUUGAAUGGUUCAAUGGUUAGGUCCAUGAAUUAUCAUAAUUUAAUUAUUUUAUUGGAUAUUUUAUAUUUUA